GCUCGUUUUGUAUGCCUGUCGCGAUAUGAUGACGUAAACCGUCUGGUUAUUUGUAUUGUUUUGGUUAGUGCAAUUUCUCUUCUACAGAAUUUAUCCUGCAUCAUUCAUUUAAGAUCAAAUUACAGCUCAAUCCUCAGAGGGGUCUGAGGUCAUGGAAGAGCAGAGUAACUCACCAGGAGCGAACACCGAUAACGGCAGCCAAAGGAAUGGAGAGGAGAAGCCACGCAGGACCAGCUGGACUAAAGGGAGGAAGAGGAAGAAGCCGAUGAAGGACAGUAACGCACCCAAAGCCCCGUUAACAGGAUAUGUGCGGUUUAUGAACGACCGUCGGGAGCAGCUGAGGGCCGAGAGACCGGACGUGCCCUUCCCAGAAAUCACUAGGAUGCUCGGAAACGAGUGGAGCAAGCUGCCUCCUGAGGAGAAACAGCGCUAUUUGGAUGAGGCAGAGAAAGAUAAGGAGCGCUACAUGAGGGAGCUGGAGAAGUAUCAGCAGACAGAAGCCUAUAAGCAUUUCAAAAGGAAGGUGCAGGAAAAACAGAAGGGGAAAAGACUCAGAGGAGACGUAGGCCGACAGGCUGCCCGGGAAGCUCUUCACGAGAAUGAUGGAGGUCUGAAGGAUCGCUCAGUGUUUGAUAUUCCCAUCUUCACUGAAGAGUUUCUUAACCACAGUAAAGCACGUGAGGCGGAGCUGAGGCAGUUGCGCAAGACCAACAUGGAGUACGAGGAGCGUAACGCAGCUCUGCAGAAACACGUGGAGAGCAUGCGCAGCGCCGUGGAUCGUCUGGAGGGAGACGUGCUGCAGGAGCGCACACGCAACAGCCUGCUACAACAGCACCUCGACCAACUGCGCUCAGCGCUCACAAACAGCUUCUCCAACAUGCCACUGCCUGGCAGUGGAGAGACAGCCAGCCUGGACUCCAUCGACUCCUACAUGAAGAAGCUCCACAGUAUUGUGAUGUCCAGCCCCCAGGAGCACGAGCACCUCAUUAGCUUGGUGCGGGAUGUGGUUAACUGCCUCGACAGGUAAUUGAGGAGUCCUGACAGCUGUGUUGCCAAAUCCCUAAACACCACUGGAUUCAUGACUCCUGUCCCAAUCCUUUUUUAAGACUUUCAUUACUACACACAAUUAUAUGAUAAUUAUUUAUUUUUUAGUGCCAUUUUUUAAUCAGUUUUUUCCUACUUAAUGUGGUCAUCAAUUGUUAUUUAUGGAAUUUUUUUACUAGAGCGAAAGUGGAACGACAAUGUCUCAACAAUGAACUACAGCCCAUAUCUUUGUUUGUUUGUUUCUAAUUUCAAAGAAAAUUUGCGUUUUAGAUUAUUUCGUUAGAUCGAAAAAAAAAAAGAAAAAAAAAAGACAUUUUGUAUUUAAACUGUAGUUAGUUUGUUUGUCAUUUGCCUUUGCCAUUUGUGCCAGCAUUAUAUCAAAGUGUAUAAGAGCUCAAAUGCUCCAUUGACCAAUAAAUUUCAUUUGCAAUAAGAA